AUCCUUAUCGUAACGCGCGGUGGCGACGUACGACGGUGAGCAACCAUGGGCUACCCGGGGACAACCGAGGACGACGAUCAAUAUCGGGUACCGCUGAUAGCAAAGUUGCUGCACGCCCUGCCACACUACAACAUCACCUUCCAUCGCAUCAACAACACCUUUCGCCCAUCAAAUGACGUCUAUCUGGAGAGUCUCGGCAUUUUGGGCUCGAUACCGGCCGCCCUGCUGAUUGUGUCGUUGUUCGGUUUGCUGCUCUAUCUGCUGACACGCUGCUGCGACAGAAAGCCACGACCCGCACACUCCAUCACCAGCCUGAAGGUGACGCUUUCGAUCGUAACCGUGCUGUGCUGCGCCGCGAUCGGACUCGGACUGUACGGUAAUGACGAUCUGCACAAUGGGCUGCUCGAGGUGCUGCAGGCUGGCCGGAAGGUGGACGGUGUCGUGUCGUCCGUCCGCAACCAAACCUUCAUCCUGGAGAACACACUGACGAUGAAGAUCCAGCAGCAACUGACUGAGCUGGAGGACAUAUUCGAUCAGAAAACAAACAAUCAAACUGCGCUCGCUCAGCUGCAGCAGGCUCUACUCACCGCAAAGGGUAACAUUACGAUUGCAAAGAAUGCGGCAAACGACAUUAGACGACCGCUGGUCGGUUUAACCAUCACAGACUUCCUGACGAAAGGGGAUCAGUGGGAGUUGAUACGCUGGCCGGGUACGGUCGCCAUCUUGGCACUGUUGCUCGUGCUGUGUGCGGUACUGUUGGUGGGUGUUGCGCGCCACUCACGCUGCGCUCUCAUACUGUUCAGCGUGUGCGGUUUGCUGGCCGUGACCGGUUCCUGGCUCAUGUCCGGUCUCUACCUUUCGACCUCGGUUGCGGUGGGCGACCUCUGCAAUGAUCCCGCCGACUUCUUGGUACACCAAGCACCGCACGAACUGCCAGCAGACAUACUGCUGUACUACACGCAGUGUGACAUUUCGCGCUCGAACCCGUUCACACAGCGACUGCGCGAAUCGCAGAAUGCGAUCAACAAUGCGCGUAACGCGAUGAGUGUCGUCUCAAAGAUCUCACCAGUUCUGUUCAAGAACGCUGGACUUGCACCGAAGCUCGGUUCGGUCAAUGCAGAUAUUAAGCUGUGCGAGCGACUACUGACGGGACUGACCGCUCUGGUGGACUGCCGUGCCGUACACUAUAGCUAUCUCGUAGCAACCCGUGGACUGUGCGAGUGCGGACUGCUCGGACUGGUGCUGAUGCUGAUUGCCAGCUUUAUGGCGGCCAUCUUGCUCACCAUUAUGGUUUGGGUCGAUUCACACACCUGGAUCUACAUCCGCAAGAGGAAUGAUUAUGCGCAGGUCGAGGAGCAGUCAUACGUAUCACACCAAUUGCAUCCACAGAGCCAUCAAAACAUGAACACUCGCACACUCCCACAUCAUCCCAAGGGUCCGCCCGUUAUCAGUGGUUCGCACACGAUUGCGCAUCCGGGCCGGAACGCCAAGCACGACAUGAGCCAGGUGCAGCAGGCCCAGCAGCAGAUGCACCAUCAGCAGGCACACGCCCAGGCCCAGCAGGCGCAGGCCCAGGCCCAGGCCCACAUGAUGCAUCACCAUCAGGCGAUGAUGCGGGCCGGCGGUACGCACACGCUCGGGCGCCUACCGUCGCACAGCAGCCCGACGCAUCUGCACGGUCCGAACAAUGGCAAGUACGCCACCCUCAGUAAGCACUGCAAGACGCUAGACGCGAACGACUUCUACUGAAGUUACGCCGCCUGUAACGAUAGAAAGUUCCAUCCACCCGCCAUACAUCAGCAACCGCACUAUCACACGCACAGCCACCAACAGCAGCAGCAGCAGCAACAACAGCUACAGAUGCAGCAGCUGCAGCAACAGCGUGCGAUGC